AUAUGCAUUCCAAAUCCAGCAUUGGUUCAUUAUGGUAUUAAAUUUAUUUAACUUUGUCCGUAACGAUCAGUUACAGUUAAGAUAGGACCUAUAAUGAUCACAAAUGUUUAUGCAUAUCGUGCAUAUAACGCUUUAGAACAAAAGUGAUAAGAGAAACGAUGGGUCACUAUCAGAGAUGCAAGGCUUACAUCUGUCUAUCAAAUCAAUCAGUGUGUUAUUGUUUUUCUCCUAAUAAAAAUGUGUUGUUGUGUUUAUCAAAGAUGUAACAAACUCAUAGCUUGACUUAAAGGAAGUCAUCAAAUUCAAGAUAAAUUGAACAGGUGCAAAUAUUGAUAGUUGUGAGACCAUAACGUACGGUGAGACAAAAGAUUGAUUAGACAUUUAGAGUUAAAUAGAGUUGUAACCAAUAAAGGUGAUACGACGAUAUUCAAUGGCGAAUAUAUUUCUGGUACUUUAUAUGGUUUAUGUAAGUUUACAUUUAACAGGCAGUCAACAAUUUCAAUGCAGCAGACCUGACUAUGACAAGCUUCAACCCACAGAUGUUGGCGUUUGUGUUUACAAUAUGUGUGUACAUUGUAUUUCCAAGACUACAUACCAGGAAAUAAACUACACACUGGCUGUGAAAAUUAAUGAGACUGUUUGGACGCUGGAUAAAGACAAUGCUCUCUAUUUAACUCAAGACAACUUGACUCGCAUCACAUUUCCUUUCAAUGAUAGUCUAGGAUUUAGUCUGUUUGAUGGUCCAGUACAGUUCCAGUUUUCAAUGUCAGCACUAGAGGAAGAUGGGAAUGUGACCAAUGAGACCACUCCUUGGACUGCACCUGAACGUUUCAGUAGUCAACAAUUUCAAUGCAGCAGACCUGACUAUGACAAGCUUCAACCUAAAGAUCUUGGUGUUUGUCUUUACAAUAUGUGUGUACAUUGUAUUUCCAAGACUACAUACCAGGAAAUAAACUACACACUGGCUGUGAAAAUUAAUGAGACUGUUUGGACGCUGGAUAAAGACAAUGCUAUCUAUUCAACUCAAGACAACUUGACUCAGAUCACAUUCCCUUUUAAUGAUAGUCUAGGAUUUAGUCUGUUGGAUGGUCCAGUCCAGUUCCAGUUUUCAAUGUCAGCUCUAGAGGGAGAUGGGAAUGUGACCAAUGAGACCAAUCCUUGCACCACAUCAGAACAAUUCAAGACUCCAGAUUUUAUUUGUGGCAGUCCUGAUUAUGACAGAUCUCAAACUCCCAGAUAUGAAAUGUGCCGCCAGUAUCUGUGCGUUCAAUGUGUUUCCAAUGUCACUUACCAGCUAAUUAACGCUACACUCGGUUUCUUAGUUCAGGAUAAAGUUGGCUAUUCUUACAAGAACUUGACCUUCUUUCGAACUGAAGUCGACCAAACUACAAUUACAUUCCAAUUCAUGGAUGAACUUAUGGAAAUUUUGGCUUAUGGUUACCAAAUUCAAUAUCAGUUUUCUAUGUCAGUCUUAGACAAUGUUGGCAGACGGAGGAAGGAAAUCUCUCCUUUGAGUGAACACAUGAAAUACGACAAACCGACAGAAAUUUACUUUACAAUCAAUGGCAAGAACGACUCUGUGGUGGAGGUAUCAGGCGACAUGCUAUCCUUCCGCUGCACUUCCAACGGAUUCCCUGCGCCUGUACUCUACCUGGACUCAACUCAGUUUAUCAUUGCGAAUCUAUUCGAUAAUAGUCUCAUUUCUCCUGGGAUUCCUGUCAAUAUUUCCAUCCAUGAUCGUCUAGCGUCUGGUUCUUUCACUUGUUAUUAUUCAAGUCAAUUUGAAGACAGAGUGGAGAAACGAAUGUUCGUCUUGAACCACAGCCAGCUCAGAUUAACUUCAAAUAAGGAUGUAGACAAAGAUAUAGACAUACAAAGUGUAGGAAGCCUUCACUUCUUGACAGACUACAGUUCGUCAUUUGACGUGGCAGGCUACCCAGCGCCGAACUCAAUUCUGUUAUCUUCUAACGGUAUUGACAUCACGGAUGGGGUCGACUUGACCUAUACUGUUUACUUUGAAAAAUAUGUUUUUGGUUAUAUUAGCGUUAAUUUCACAGACCACAGUCUUCUAAAGAAAAGCUCAAACUAUAGUUUAACUGUGAACAAUGGACGUGUCGCCAUCUUCACGUUUUCUUGUGCAGAUUGUAAAGAUGUCAUUUCCAAGUCCUGUACAUCCAGAACUAGUCUAGUGUGUAUCACAAGCUUUCUCCUUUUUACACGUCUGUUAUCUUAUUAGAGUGUAUGUGUAUAGUAGCUGAUCUGCCCAGUUAUCGUUGGUUGUAUUCUUGAUUGUAUACCUUAUUGUGAAUGUCAGUAUAAUUAGUUGUCAUGUUUUAGAAUAUUAUUUGGCAUUGUUAAUUGUUUAUCACAAAGUCAGGGAUCAAGUAAUAGAUACUCCCAACAACAUGCAAAAUUUCUUUUACCUAUUUAGAUUUAUGUAUAAUACUACAGAUAAUGUUAUAAACAAAGUAAUUAUAAUAAAUACAUGUAUGUUUUUAAUUAUUUAGAAGACAAACUCGUUCAUCUUUUUGAGCAAAACGAGGCUGUCCCAAUCCUGAUUGGCUGAAUAAACGUAUUCUAAUGCUGUCUACAAAAUGUAUGAACUAUAGCUAUGUUACAAACAAAUAAAAGUAGUGGUUUUAGUUUUAACUUUGAUAUGAAGAAAGAGCUACAGAGAGUUUUAUUUUAAACUGUUUCUAGGAAGAAGGAAUGUUAUCAACUGAAAUUAAAA